UUUUUUCUGCUGGCAAUGUCGAAAGUAGAACUCUCUGGUCAUCGAGGCGACUCUCCGGUGUGUGAAGGUAGCUUAAGCCACGCAGAGUGAAACAUCGUCUGUGGAGAAAUAGUGUUUAUUUACCCGCAAAAUUUAAAUUAAGCGAACACAAGAUGGAGAAUUACACAAAAGGAGAGGUGAAAGAGGUAGAGGAUCCAUUUCCUUUUCGUGUGGAAGAUUCUCUCCAGAUGCGGGUAACAGCUGGAAGUAAAAUCAGAAACCUGAUGGGUUUUGGACUGAAAAAUAUGACAGAGAAAAAUACUCGACAGAUCACAUGGAAUGGCUCAGGAGCUGCUGUUUCAAAGACUAUUUCUUGUGCAGAGAUCAUGAAAAGGAAAAUAAAGGGCCUACAUCAGAUUACAAAAAUCCGUUACAGAAGAGUUGAGGAAUACUGGACACCAAAGGUCAAGGGACUUGAAGUCCUUAAAGUAAACCGUGACAUACCAGCAAUCUCCAUCCUUCUUUCAAAAGACCCAUUGGACUCCAGUGAACCAGGUUAUCAGCCUCCAGGGAACUUUGAGACAUUCUGGCAGGAAAAGAGAGGUGGUGAGAAAGCACAUUCAGGAGAGCACCACAGACCUCAGCAGAAAUCUACAGCAAGCCAUGAAAUGCAAGCCUCUAAAAGGAAACGUAGAAAACCAUAUAAAGACAAUUCGUCGGCUGCAGUUCAAGCUAGUACUACAAAGAGUCAGACCACAAAGCAAAAUACAAACAUCACCAAGGAGACCGACCAUUCUGAAAAAGAUGCUGAAUCAUUAGCUAAUAGACAAAGUGAAAGAGAUUAUGACACUGAGACAAAGGAGAGCAUGGACAUUUCUGAAGACGCUCAAGCAAGAUGAAACCAAUAUGAUUGAUUAAAAUGCUGUGCAUAUUGGUAAAAGAAAAAUUCUGGUGUUUAUGCCAGGACUUGUGUGUGUGUGUGUGUGCAUGAGUGUGCGCAUGUAUGCAUGUUACAGCAGAGAAAUUUGUCCAAAACUAUUAUUUCAGUUGGAUAGUGUUUUCUCCACUUUUGAUACCUGCUAGUAAUGACUGUGAUAUACUUUUUAUCUAUUCACUUUCCGAAAACGGUAUUAAUGACAAACUAUUUGGAAAAAUUCCUUUGAUGAGUUGCUUCCCUUCGAUUGUCAUAAAAUCUGGAACUUUACGCUUUCACCAAAAAUACUUGUUUCAGGUGAAAUAAUUGAAGCACAUAGGCAAAAGGAAUAUUUUUUCUUAUGACAGCAUUAAAUAGUAAAAAUAAUAGCAGUUUGUAAAUGUUUUUAUCUACUUUAUUAAGCCAAAAGAAAGUGCACGUGAAUAAAUGUCCUUGUAACA